UUUUCCGGCGUGACACAUGCCAUUGUUGCGUUUUCCCUUCUGCUGACAUUAACCUACUCGGUAACCAGUCAACCUAUAAUACCAUGGAACACCACAAUCACAUAGUUACCAGCAUCAUAUAGAUACCUAACUCCCUUCGCCAGAACAUCGUUCUGAGACAUAUUGCAGCACUUCUUGCUAUUGUCACAACCUUCGCCAUGGCUUCACCUACUCCAUUAAAGGCCUUGCUAUUCGAUGUCUUCGGAACCUGCGUGGAUUGGAGGAAGACUGUUACCAACACCUUGAUCGCGCAGGCACAUGAGUCACUAAAUUCUGCAAGUGCGUCGCUGGCAACAUCCGUGAGAUUGCGCGCCACCGACAUGACUGAGUCUGAUUGGGGUGCAUUUGCCCAACAAUGGCGGCACUCUUAUCAUGUCUUCACUCGUUCCAUUGCCGCAGACCCUAGUAUUCGGUUCAAGACUGUUGAUGAACAUCACCUCGAGGCACUGCACGAAUUGGUGGAACAGUGGGGUUUGAAAGGCUUGUGGACGGGCGAGGAACUGGGAGACCUGAGUCUCGUAUGGCAUCGUCUCGAUCCCUGGGCGGACACAGCUAGCGGCAUCGAUUCUUUCAACAAUCGAUUUCAGACCGUCACUCUCAGCAACGGGAACCUUUCACUUCUGCAGGACUUGAAGACGCAUGGUUCUCUCGCCUUCACGCAUUUGUUCAGCGCGGAGAUGUUUGACUCCUACAAGCCGUCGCCCAAAGUCUACCUCGGCGCAGUUGAGCGCUUGGGACUGGAGCCCCGAGAGUGUGCCAUGGUGGCUGCACAUCUCGGAGAUCUCAAGGCUGCGAAAUCCCAUGGCCUGCAGGCUAUCUAUGUUGAGCGAGCCGGCGAGGAGGGAUGGGCUCACGAAGAUGUGCAAAAAGCCCGUGACGAGGGUUGGGUCGAUAUAUGGAUUGCGUUGGAUCAGCCUGGUUUCAUCGCGGUGGCUGAGAAACUUGGUAUUGAGACAGGUCUUUUGGAUGGCUGAUGGUCACCAAAAUUCUCACUAUAAUUAGUUUUGACGUGAGUGAGUCGGAAAACAUUGGCUUACUUAUGCAUCGUACAU